AUGGCGUUCUGGGGUACGUGAAGUCUCGCGAGAUUCCAUGAAAUACCAACAGCAAAUCUGGGAGUUUGCGAUCCUCCUCCAUUGGGAUGGAUUGAAUAUUAUUAAAAAGAAAAAGGAGAAGAUCGUUCCCUUGGAUGUAAUAACGAAAACAAUAACAAGCACUCACAAUUAAAAUCAACACAGCAGUCGGGUUUACUCGUCAGCUCACAUUCCGGCCGCGGGAGGCUGUGUUAUAUGUGUUGUUAAAGGGGCAAGAUAAAUACCCAAGAACUAAAUGAAACAAUCAGUGCAAAUCCAAAGAGCUGGCGAUUCGGGAGUAGGGCUAUCAGACAGUCAGAAACUUCAUCACAGAGCAACUGCUAAAAUCUGGAUAUUUCCUCAUGCCCUGGCUUAAUUUUUUUAAUGGGACCAGAACUGAGUGUAAAACGCUGUGAUUUUUGAUUUUAACAGUAAACAUUCCGGAUUGUUCGGAAGACCGGAGUAAACUGUGGUUUGUUUCUUACACAGGCCAAAGGCUGAGCUUCAGUCAAACCGUGAGAAAAUCUUAUUUCGUAUCUUUUUUUUUUCAAACCACAGUGGAAACUGGGGAAAGCUGUCAAUAUACGGACUCGUCUGUCUACGCUGCAGCGGUGAAAACGUUAUUUGGACCAUGAACCUGAUGGCUGAGCUGUUUUUACAAAUUGGAUGAACAAUACUAAAGAUAAAAACCGGAAUAUCGUUUUAUUUCAUUCAUUCUGUUUCUGUACUCACAUUUUUGGGGGAGUUAAAAAAAAACAAAAAAAAACAAAAAAAACGUAAAUAAUGUCUGGAUCAAAGGAAAACACUUGCAGGAAAUUUCAAGCGAACAUUUUUAACAAAAGCAAAUGUCAGAACUGCUUUAAACCAAGAGAAUUGCACCUCUUGACCGACCAGGAUUUAAAUCAGGCCAAACCAAUUUAUGGAGGCUGGCUGUGUUUGGCACCUGAAGGGACGGAUUUUGACAAUCCAAUGCAGAGAUCAAGGAAAUGGCAGCGUCGAUUCUUCGUUCUGUAUGAACAUGGCUGCCUGCGCUUUGCUCUGGAUGAGUCGCCGAGCACUUUGCCGCAGGGGACUGUUAACAUGAACCAGUGUACUGAUGUCAUUGACGCUGAGCCCAAAACAGGACAGAAGAAUGCUCUGUGCAUUGUGACACCUGAGCAAGAGUAUUUUAUCCGCGGAGAAAACAAAGAGCUCAUUAAUGGGUGGCUUGAACAGCUGGUAGUUUAUCCGAAAACAAAUAAGCAGAACCAGAAGAAAAAACGCAAGGUGGAACCAACAACUUCACAGGAGCCGGGCCCAGCGAAGGUUGCUGUGACUGGCUCUGGUAUUCCAGAUGCAGAGAAGGUCCCAGAUUCCCGGUCAACCAUGUGGCAGGAAGAACUAAACGCCAGGGAGGUGGAAGCCUCCCAGGUUUGGCCUUCAUCGGAUAGCAGCACAUUCACUACAAUGCUGGCUCAAGGGGGACACGUUCCUCUGGAUGCAACCUCUGAUCACAGCUCUGUCAAUGGGGAUGAGAGGGAUAGAGGUGGCAUCCCUUUCUUCCUCCCACAAAGACCCGACAUGCAGGUUUUAUCCCCGACUGGUAGUUCUUCCAGCAAGCACAGCAUGGACCUUGGAGGGAUCCCUCGAUGCCAGUCCCCUGCCCAGAGCGAUCCUUUCCCUUCUGGGAGCAGCCUGCUGUCUAAUGGGUCUCACAUCAGUGGCUCAAUGAGUUCACUGGAUUCAGACACUAGUGGAAGCACAGUAACGAGUACGGAUAGCCACUGUGCUGAGAUCCGGGCGCAAAGGGCCUCCACGCUGCAUGACGCCCCUCAAUCAAGGAGGUACGAGGUUGAGGUGAGGAAGGCAGAGAAACGAAGUCGAGCAAGGAGCCCGGAGAGACCUGAGGAGGACCAGGUGUUUGUAACGGAGAAAAGUCGCCCCACAGUGAUUGAGAAGUUUGAGGCCCUGGAACUGGAGAAUGCAGAGAGGAUGGAGACUAAUGAGCCUGACCUCCCAGCAGCCCGGCAGGGGAGGAGUGAAACCAGGCGAUCCCAGAGAGAGGAGCUAAAGAGAGAUACAGUGCGAGAGUUUCACUGUUCUACCAUCCCACCACUGAGAAGAGCUAAAUCACUUGACCGCAGAACCACAGAAUCAGUAAUGACGCCAGAUCUAUUGAACUUCAAGAAAGGCUGGAUGGUUAAAUUGGAUGAGCAGGGACAGUGGAAGAAAUACUGGUUCGUUCUUACUGACCACAGUCUACGAUACUAUAAGGAUUCAAUUGCUGAGGAGGCAUCAGAUCUGGAUGGUGAAAUUGAUUUAACUGCAUGCUACAAUGUUACUGAAUACCAGGUUCAAAGAAACUAUGGCUUUCAAAUUCAUACGCACGAAGACGUGUACACGUUGUCAGCCAUGACUGCUGGAAUACGACGGAAUUGGAUCCAAGCCGUGAUGAAAAAUGUCCUCCCCUCAACUGCUCCUGAUGUUGCUAGCCUUCCAGACGAACAUGGUUCACCCACCCACUUGGAUGCGCUGUUGAAACCAGAUGUGACCCAGGACUCGCCAUCUUCUGGAGCUUCAUCUGUAGAGCGAGAAGCCGGGCAGAAGAAGAGCCGCAUCCACGAGAGGAGGAGAGAAGGGCGAUCUAAAACUUUCGAUUGGGCUGGGUUCCGGCCAAUCGCCCAGGCCUUGGCGCAGCAGCGAGCUUCCGAGACUGAUGCAUUUCAGAGCGACCUUACGGACUCUGACCGGACGAAGCGCCGUGAGGAACGCAGGAAAAGAUACGAAAUGACAUCCAACUCACCAGAGGCUAACAUGAAAGACUUUGAAAGUUGUAGCUCCUCAUCCUCACUGGAUAGGCAGCAGAAAGUACAAGAGGAAAUCGAACAGCACUGGCAGCAGGUUGAAAAGACCCCGAUUAGAGAAGAAAGGCACGUUCUUCUAGCAACAGCGUUUCAAUUCAAAGAGACGACAGAACUGGAACGGCUAUUGGAAAGUCAUAAGACAGGGAUAGAAGAGUUAAAAGCUCAGUUGGAAAGUUGUCAUCAGCAGCUAGCAGAUUCGAACCAGCGUAAAAUGCAUCUGGAGUCCCAGCUAAGAAGCGCUUUGGAACGCGAGCAGCAAGUCCUCGCGGGGUACAUCUCACCGCUGGAGUCCACUUUGGGUCAUGAGGCAGAACUCGAGAACCAGAAGCAGAGGCAGGAACUGCUCAGUUCUCAAGCCCAGAGCAUUACAAAGAAGUACCAAGAAACUAAAGAGCUCCUACAGCAGCAAGAAAUCAAAAGGCGCAGCCUGCAAGCUCAGCUAGGCUUCUUCCUUUCGGAGACAUCUGGGAAAGAAUUGUCCCCAACUGAAGAUCAGAACUUCUUGCUGGAGGAAACAAACAAGGACAGGGUUGAGGAGCUACCAGGGAACACCAGUGCAUUGACCAUAGUGCUACAAGACAGUGCAGACAUGCUAAAGGAAAUUGAGAGUCUUCUAAUGGGAAAUCCGGUGUCUGUAAAGCACCUUGUGAGAUUACUGCACAGUACAGCCCUAGUACAUUCAGAAGAUGCUAAAAAGCCCAUUUUAGAACCCAAGCCAGAGAUUACUGGAAAGUGCUGUCAGAAGCUGUAUGACAUCUUAAAGCAACAGCAUGAGUCUCUGAUGCACCACCUAAUGAAAGCUGAGGAAAGGGUUAAAGAAUAUGAAGCUCAUCUGGAGGGGAUGCUGGGUAGGGAGCAGAACCAAAAGUUAGAUUCUUUAAAGAGCUGCGUGGCUCUGAGACAGAUGGAAGAGCAUGUGGAGUUGAGCGAGGUGACAGUAAAGAGGCAAGCCCAAGAUAUUGAAAUUUUAACCAACGAGAAUGAAGUCCUGCAUCAGCGCUACCAGGAAAUAAUGAACCAGCUUACAGAAGCGGAUAGGGAAAUAGAAAGACUCAAAUUAGAGUUGUUGAAUGGCCAAGGCGGGCAGAAGCAUCUGCAGGUUGUUGAAGAGCUCAACAAGACCAAAGCUAGGCUGGCAGAAAAAGAGGCAGACAAAGAGGUUAAUGAGAAAGAACUGAAGAAGAAAUCUCAAAAGUUACAAGAAACCAUAAUUAGGUUAGAAGUGCUGGGGAGCAGCUUGAGAGAGACUGAAAGGAAGCUACAACUGAGGGAAGCAACUUUGCAAGGUCUGGGGUUCCAGAUGUCUGCAGAAGAUGACACUCAGCUGCUUCUGGAAGAGAAAGAACAGCUUUGUGUGCAGUUGGGCGUUGCUGGGGAAAAGCUGUCAGAACAGGAGAAGCAGCUUAAAGCCACAGAGCAGUCUUACAGGGAACUUCAGUGCCAGUACAGAGAACUACUGUUAAAAAAUGAUGAAUGCAAAACAUUCUAUAGCCAAAAGCUGUUGGAGGCCCAAAAUAAAAUAAAAACGAUUGAGGGAGCGAGUGUAGAGGAGGGAGGACAUGGUUCUGAAAUAAAGCAAGAACUUUCAGAUGAAGAGAGAGUCAAGCAGGUGGUUGAAAAGAUUAAACUUGAGUCGGCAGCACUUAGUAAAGUAGCAGAGGUUUUAGGGAAGGUGGAUUUUAAAGUAGAAAAGGCACUGGAUGUGUUUACGAGUACUGUUAAGGGUAUUGGGUCCACAGUAGAUUCUUCCAAAGAAGAGAACCCUGAAAUGUCACUUCUCAAGAAGAUAUUACUGGAAGGGGAGUUCUGGGUGAAUAUGUCAAACAUUUCAGAUACCAGCUCUUCAGAGUUGAAAGAGAAUGAGCUGAACAGUUACUUGAGUAAAGCAUCAGAUAGUGCUUUAGUGAAAAAUAAAAUGUUAUUUUUAGCUCACAGGCUUUUCCAUCUAUCUAACGCACGCCAGCCUCCGCUAGAGCUUGUUAAAAAUCCUGACAAAGCAAUUGAAGAAGUUGUGAAGGAUCAAACAGAGGCUAAGGGAAUGUUAAAGUUUGAAGUCAUUGAGGGUGUUCAAAGUGAAAUGAGCACAGAAGGUAAAAACGAGGAGGUUGUUUCUCCUUUUUACAAUUGGCUCGAUCAUGAAACAGAUCACCAAGUUAGGACAGAACUUGUUCAGAAUCUGCAGAAGAAAGUUUGCCUGCUAAAUCAAAUUGCAUCUAGCAUACAGGCUUCUACCAACAAGGAACUAAUGUCUUUGUCUUUAAAGCUUUUCAAUAGUUUGGACUUGGUCUCAAACAGCAAAAAAGACUUAAGUGGACCAUGGCUAUCCAUUUUGCAGGACGCAGUAACGCAGGCCCAACUGUCGUACAUCAUCUGCAGGUUAGACAUUCAGCAUAAAAAAGAGCUUACAAAGUUAAAAGAGGAUGGGUUUAAACAGAAAGCAACUGAAACAGACCAUAAACAGUGUGCCGAUUUAAAAAUGCAAAACAAAGAAUACAAGGCAGUGUUAGAAACCGUGAAAGACGAGAUAGCAGGGCUGGUAAGCUCAAAAGGUGAGGAGAAUGUAACAAUGAUGCACAUUCACAUUGAAGGAGAGCCAAUUGAUUCUCUGGAUAAGGCUAUAGAAAUUCAGGACAUGGCAGCCAAGCACAAGAAGGAACUUCGAGAAGUCAAGGACGCCUAUGAACUUGAGGCUGAGAAACUGAGGAAAGAGAUAGCGAAGGCAGAAGAAAUCCUGAAAUUAAAAUCAGAGGAGAAUGUUAAAGAAAUCGACUCCCUUACCGUCUGUAUGGAAAACCUGGCAAAGAAGCACAAGGUGGAAAUGAUAAGACAGCAGGAAAAAUACGCAGCAGAAAGGAAGAACCUGGAAGCCAAACACACAAGGGAAAUCGAGAAGCUACAAAAAGAAAUGGUUGAGCAGGCCAAGCUAGGACUCCCUGAGGGAGUGGUGCUCAUGGGAGAAGAAGGAACUACCACUAAAGAUAACGAGACGCAUUCCACUUCACUGCUCAAAGAAAGGAUUCAGGAGCUGGAAUCUCAGAUUAGUACCAUGAGAGACGCAAUGAAGCAACGUGAACGUGAAGGAGAUUUAUCGUCUAUUCAGCAGAAAUAUGAAAAAGACCUGGAAAACCUGAAGGCGACGUGUGAGCGUGGGUUUGCUGCUAUGGAAGAAUCUCAUCAGAAAGUUGUCGAGGAACUGCAGAGGAAGCAUCAUCGAGAGCUGGAGAGACUGCACGAGGAGAAAGAGAGGCUACUGAAUGAGGAGACGGCUGCCACUAUUUCUGCUAUUGAAGCAAUGAAAAAUGCACACAGAGAGGAGUUGGAGAAGGAGCUAGAUAAAGCACGGAAAGCAAACAACGGCACAGAAAACGCAGACAUUGAAGAAAUCCGCAGACAGCAUGAUGAGGAGCUGGCCUCGUUCCAGCGGGAGAUUGAGGUGUUGUCAGAGCAGUACUCUCAGAAGUGUCUGGAGAACGCACACCUCGCCCAGGCCUUGGAGGCAGAGAGGCAAGCCUUGAGACAGUGUCAGCGAGAAAACCAAGAGCUCAAUGCACACAAUCAGGAAUUGAACAAUCGCCUGGCUGCUGAAAUAACACAGCUGAGAUCAAGGGUAGUCAAUGAGGAUGGAGGAGAUACCUGUGCAUUAAUACAAGGCACGGAGGUGUACCAGUUAGAGGUCAUGUUGCGGGUGAAGGAAUCAGAAGUACAAUAUCUGAAACAGGAAAUCAAUUCCCUCAAAGAUGAACUACAAGCAGCCCAACGAGACAAGAAAUACACAACAGAUAAAUAUAAAGAUAUUUACACAGAGCUGAGUAUUGUGAAAGCCAAAGCCGAGCGGGAUCUGAAUCGCUUGAAGGAGCAGCUACAGCUGGCUCACGAGGCACUGGGGGAGCAGUCCUUAGAGAAGAUGAAAUGCAGUGGCUAUGAUAUCAUAAAGUCGAAAAGCAAUCCAGAUAUCCUGAAGAUGGCAGCGGCAGCUAAACGGUCAGACCGGACAAUGAGGUCAAAAAGUCUCAAGGAAGGCUUGACUGCUGAGCAGAGACUUCACCUGUUUGACAACAAAGACACAAAAGAAUUCUAAUGCCGUUUUGUAUAUAAGCUUUGCUGCAUGUUUAGAGGGCGCUAUAUUUUAGCACAGAAUGUAAUAAUUUAGAACGCUACAGUGGUUACUACACAUCUUAUAUUUGACAUAAUAUUAGGUUUUCAUUUUCUGUCUAGAAAUUGCAUUCCAUGCACUAUAGUUACUGUGACUAGCGUGUCUUAAUGUGUAAAUAUUCUUUAUUUUUUAUGAAGCAUCUAAAAUGCUACACUAAACACUACUGUAUAAGCUACCCUUUAAACUCACUCACAGAAAGAUUCCAUGUACUACUUGUAAAUAACCAGAGGAGUGUUUGAAUUUAUAAAGUGUAACAUCCCCAAGAUGGGUAACUGCUGUUCAUAAUUGAGUAUGUCAUUAUAACGCAGUAGAAAAUGUCAUUCCUUUGCUGUUGUGCCUGUAGGUUUGGUAGGUAUGCACAACUUUUAAUGCAACAGCCCCCGUUAGUCAUUCACAUGCCAGUGGAGUUGUCUGUCAGCUACAUAGCGCUACACAAGCUUAACACUUGGCUGUUUUUUAACAACUAAACCCAGCUUGACUUUUCCUGGUUUGUUAGGCUGUUUAUCUCCGAUUCAACCUUAGCAUCUCGCAAAGUAUUUUAAAAUGUUUAAUUUUAAAGAUCAAUGAAGGCAAUGUCUAGAUACAUACGAUUACAGGGCCAUUUUGAAAUAUUUGUCUUCUCUUCUGUAAUAAUGGUUCGCUCAGCCACAUGGGAGUUCAAAGGUUUUAAGUUGGUUAUUUUUGUAGUGCGGGUCAGUGGCAGUUUCCUGUGUAUUUAUUUGAAUGCUUUUAAUUUUUUUGUCUCACAUUUUGUUUUCCCUGUACUCUGUCAUUGUAAAUAUGCAACAAGUGUACACCAACAGACUCCAGGUUUAUUAGCAAUAAAUAUUUUUGCACCAUG